CUCCAGAGGAGGAAGGAGAUGUCACGGCACAAGCAGCCUUUCAACGGAUAGCAUCACUCAGCUCUGUUCAAAGAAGGAAACCCGGAUAUAUUUGACAGCCACACUUUGCUUGUGUUUGGCAUGUUGGAGCACCACUCCCAGUGACCAGAGGUCAACAUCUCCAGACCAGCCGUGCCAGGCCAGCAGGACCCAGAUCAGACUCGUUAUGGCCGCUCGAGAGCAGGGACCUGCAGGUGCUUCGAACAGCUCAGCCGAAGCCAAAAAGACAGACCUGAGGACCAACGAGAAGAAGUGCUCUUGGGCCUCGUACAUGACCAAUUCUCCAACUAUGAUAGUGAUGAUUGGGUUGCCUGCUCGGGGGAAAACCUACAUGUCCAAGAAGCUGACGCGGUACCUCAACUGGAUCGGAGUGCCAACAAAAGUCUUUAAUCUCGGCGAAUACAGGAGGGAAGCCGUGAAGUCGUACAAGUCCUAUGAUUUCUUCAGACAUGACAACGAAGAAGCAAUGAAAAUUAGAAAAGAGUGUGCUCUGGUAGCACUGAAAGACGUCAAGGUGUAUCUGAAUGAGGAAGGAGGUCAAAUUGCUGUUUUUGAUGCCACAAACACCACACGAGAGAGGCGCAUCCUCAUCCAUAAUUUUGCACAGGAAAACGCCUACAAGGUGUUUUUUGUUGAAUCAAUAUGUGAUGAUCCAGAAGUCAUAGCUGAAAAUAUUAUGGAAGUGAAGGUGUCCAGCCCAGAUUACCCUAAGAGGGACAGAGAAAGCGUCAUGGAUGAUUUUCUGAAGAGAAUAGAGUGUUACAAAGUGACCUACCAGCCUUUAGUUCCUGACGGACACGACAAGAACUUGUCCUUCAUCCAGGUCAUUAAUGUCGGCCGCCGUUUCCUGGUCAACAGGGUGCAGGACUACAUCCAAAGUAAGAUAGUCUAUUACUUGAUGAACAUCCACGUCCACACCCACUCCAUCUACCUGUGUCGGCACGGAGAAAGCCAACACAACCUGGAGGGACGCAUCGGUGGAGACUCUGGCCUGUCAGAGAGAGGGAAGCAGUUUGCUGCAGCACUCAGGGGUUUUGUGAAAGAGCACCCGCUGUCAGACCUGAAGGUUUGGACGAGCCAGCUGAAGCGCACCAUCCAGACUGCAGAGGAGCUGGACACCCCCUACGAGCAGUGGAAGAUACUAAAUGAAAUUGACGCUGGUGUGUGUGAAGAAAUGACGUAUAAAAUGAUCGAGGAAAAUUAUCCAGAGGAGUUUGCAAUGAGAGACCAGGACAAGUAUCAUUACCGCUACCCUGGAGGAGAGUCCUACCAGGACUUGGUCCAGCGUCUGGAGCCAGUUAUUAUGGAGCUGGAGCGACAGGGCAACGUUCUGGUCAUCUGUCAUCAGGCCGUCAUGCGGUGUUUGCUCGCAUAUUUCUUGGACAAGGGCGCAGACGACCUCCCCUACAUGAAGUGUCCCCUGCACACCAUCCUCAAACUCACCCCCGUGGCUUAUGGCUGUAAAGUGGAGAUGUUUGACCUGAAGGUGGAAGCUGUCAGCACUCACAGAAACAGACCUUUAAAUAAAGUCCGACCGAAGGCCAUGCCACCACCUUUCCUUCGCAGGAACAGUUUUGACCCUCUGUCAACCCAAGACCAGAUCAAACGACCUCGUCUGUACAGCAUGGGGAAUUUUUCACAAUUCAACAUGUACCAUAACGCCACUAAUCCCAGCAUGCCGAUCUCUGAUCUGUUCGAGGGAGUUGAGCCCCAACACACCGAGGACUCACCGAACAGUUUCAGAGCAUCGAAAACUGAGGAUAAGGAGAAGCUGGAGAACGGCACAUAAAGAUGCCUGCCUUAUCUAAGAUAGAACAUCAGUGUUUUCCCUCCUCCGUGUUGCCAUUUAAAGUCUGUUUGUGGUUCUGCAGACCAGCAGUAACAUCCGGUCGCUCCGUUCUCCAUCAGAACUCACCGUGUGUGUUAUUGUGGGUGGAAGUUCAGCACCUUUUAUUUAUUUUUCUUAUCAUACACGAAUGAUUUGUAGUAAAAAGAGUUCAACUUUUACCAUCAGAAAGUUUAUAUUUCUUUUCUUUUCACUUUUUCA